AUGGGAGCAGGUGACGCUCUGUUAACUCAUGGAAAAAAGGAUUUAAAGGCUGAUGCGUUGGUUGCUGGAGAGGACUUUAACGAAAACGAAGAGGAAGUUAUUCGAAGUGACGAAGCGAUGGAAACAAUUUGUUCGGUCUAUACGAAGCAACACCCUGAUGAUGAUCUCAUUGACUUCCAAUCGCUAGUUCCUACGAAUGUGGACGAUUUUCUCGUGGGAUUUUUUUCACAAGAUCUAACUGCUACAGAGUGGCAAAACAAGGUCGACGAUCUACAAUAUCCAGACCAAAACGAUCAUGUAAUGGUUGCUGAGCGGUGUACCUUACCGCAACUCAUAAAAGUAUUCUCUCUUGGAGCAUACAAUCCCCUUCUCAGCAUUGCAACAAUUGAAUCAGCUCAUCAUAAUGCUUUUGUUCAUCCGUGUCUCGAUAUAGCAAAAUACAUCACAAAUAUGGAGAGAUUCUAUGACCGAUGCAGAUAA